UCUCCCCGGGAGGACUCGGCGCCAGCUCCGGAGCUCUCCUUCCGGCUGACUCUCCGUGUUGUUUUGGGAGGGGGAGAGCGCUCGCCCCGCUUCCACCCGCACCCCCUUUCUUUGCCCCCCCUUUCCAGUCGGAUGUUCUAGAUGACCGAAUGGAGUUUUGAGCUGGACUUUUGUGUCCCUGCCGGAAUUGGGCCUGAUCCCAGAGGACUGGGGGUGGGGUGGGGGUGCUGCUGUAAAAUGCAAGUUGGAUAGGAGGAGGACCUCGCGCCCAGGGCCCCAAUGAGUGGCACACAGUCUACUAUCACCGACAGGUUUCCCCUCAAAAAACCUAUAAGGCAUGGAAGUAUUUUGAACCGAGAGUCACCAACAGAUAAGAAGCAGAAAGUUGAACGCAGUACAUCACAUGAUUUUGACCCUACAGAUAGCUCCUCCAAGAAGACAAAGUCUAGUUCAGAGGAGAGUAGAUCGGAGAUAUAUGGUCUUGUUCAGCGGUGUGUGGUCAUCCAGAAAGAUGACAAUGGAUUUGGGCUGACGGUCAGUGGAGACAAUCCAGUCUUCGUACAGUCUGUCAAAGAAGAUGGAGCAGCCAUGCGGGCUGGUGUGCAGACAGGUGAUCGGAUCAUCAAGGUGAAUGGAACUCUGGUGACUCAUUCAAACCAUUUGGAGGUUGUGAAGCUAAUCAAAUCUGGUUCCUAUGUAGCUCUCACUGUUCAGGGACGCCCACCGGGGUCGCCCCAGAUUCCCCUUGCUGAUUCUGAAGUAGAGCCAUCGGCCAUUGGACAUAUGUCUCCCAUCAUGUCUUCCCCUCAUUCACCUGGAGCAUCUGGGAACAUGGAGAGGAUCACCAGCCCUGUGCUGGUGGGGGAAGAAAACAAUGUGGUUCAUAACCAGAAAGUAGAAAUCUUGAGAAAAAUGUUACAGAAAGAACAGGAACGGCUACAGUUCUUGCAGGAAGACUAUAACCGAACACCUGCCCAGAAGUUGCUAAAAGAGAUCCAAGAGGCCAGGAAGCACAUUCCUCAGCUACAAGAGCAGUUAUCCAAAGCCACAGGCUCUGCGCAGGAUGGAGCUGUAGUGACACCUUCCAGGCCUCUAGGGGAUGCCCUAACAGUUAGUGAACCAGACAUGGAUCCUGGAGAUGGACCUUAUAGGACUGACUGGAGCGGUGGAGAUACUUCUCGGCCUGGCAGCGACAAUGCAGAUAGUCCUAAGAGUGGUCUGAAGGAGAGGAUUUAUCUGGAGGAAAACCCAGAGAAAAGUGAAUCAAUUCAGGACAUUAUCAAUGGGCAGUGCAGCUGCUUCCAGAGCAUUGAACUGCUGAAAUCUCGCCCUGCUCACUUGGCUGUUUUCUUACACCACGUAGUUUCACAAUUUGACCCCGCAACAUUGCUCUGUUACCUCUACUCAGACCUGUAUAAACAGACUAAUUCGAAGGAAACUCGUCGUGUCUUCCUUGAGUUUCAUCAGUUCUUCCUGGAUCGGGCUGCGCACCUGAAAGUCUCUGUUCCUGAGGAAAUAUCUGUGGAUCUAGAAAAGAGAAGACCUGAGCUUAUUCCUGAGGAUCUACAUCGCCACUAUAUACAAACUAUGCAAGAAAGAGUCCACCCUGAAGUUCAGAGGCACUUGGAAGAUUUUCGGCAGAAACGCAGUAUGGGGCUGACCUUGGCUGACAGUGAGCUGACUAAACUUGAUGCAGAGCGAGACAAGGACCGGGUAACUCUGGAGAAGGAACGGGCAUGUGCAGAGCAGAUCGUUGCUAAAAUUGAAGAAGUAUUGAUGACUGCUCAAGCUACAGAAGAAGAAAAGAGUUCCACAAUGCAGUAUGUGAUUCUCAUGUAUAUGAAGCAUUUGGGAGUCAGAGUGAAAGAACCUCGAAAUUUGGAGCACAAGCGGGGUCGGAUUGGAUUCCUCCCAAAAAUCAAGCAAAGUAUGAAGAAAGAUAGAGAAGGCGAAGAGAAAGGCAAGCGGAGGGGAUUCCCCAGCAUCCUGGGACCUCCAAGGAGACCAAGCCGGCAUGAUAACAGUGCAAUUGGCAGGGCCAUGGAACUACAGAAAGCACGCCACCCUAAGCACGUGUCCACAGCCUCAUCUGUGAGUCUUGACCCUCAGGAUUCAGCCAAGUUGCGCCAGACUGGGUCAGCCAAUGAAGGAGCAGAUGCUGGAUUCCUGCCUGCCAAUCCCAUGUCCUCUGUGGUUUCAGGGGCUGCUCUCCCCCAGGAAGGAGGGAAAGAGAACGACAUGGGAUCAAAACAAGUUGGAGAAACACCAGUAUCUGGAGACUCCUUGGAUGGCACACCUCGGCCUGCCAACACUGUUUUUGAUUUCCCACCUCCUCUCUUAGACCAAGUGCAGGAGGAGGAAUGUGAAGUGGAAAGAGUGACGGAACAUGGAACACCAAAGCCCUUUCGAAAGUUUGACAGCACAGCCUUUGGAGAAAGUCAGAGUGAGGAUGAGCAAUUUGAAAACGACCUGGAGACUGACCCACCCAGCUGGCAGCAGCUUGUCAGCCGAGAAGUGUUACUGGGACUGAAACCCUCUGAGAUCAAAAGACAGGAAGUGAUUAAUGAAUUGUUCUACACAGAAAGAGCUCAUGUCCGAACACUGAAGGUUCUUGAUCAAGUGUUCUAUCAGCGAGUAUCCAGGGAAGGAAUUCUGUCACCUUCAGAGAUACGGAAGAUUUUUUCAAACCUGGAAGAUAUUCUUCAACUUCACAUUGGGUUGAAUGAGCAAAUGAAGGCUGUUCGAAAAAGGAGUGAGACCUCUGUGACGGAUGAAAUUGGAGAAGAUUUACUCACCUGGUUCAGUGGACCAGGAGAGGAGAAGUUGAAACAUGCUGCUGCUACCUUUUGCAGCAACCAGCCUUUUGCCCUGGAAAUGAUCAAGUCUCGUCAGAAAAAGGAUUCUCGAUUCCAGACUUUUGUGCAAGAUGCUGAGAGUAACCCUCUGUGUCGCCGCCUUCAGCUAAAGGACAUCAUUCCCACCCAGAUGCAGAGGCUUACGAAAUACCCACUUCUUCUGGAUAACAUCGCCAAGUACACAGAAUGGCCAACAGAAAGGGAAAAAGUGAAGAAAGCUGCGGAUCACUGUCGUCAGAUCUUAAAUUAUGUAAAUCAGGCUGUCAAGGAGGCAGAAAACAAACAGCGCCUAGAAGAUUAUCAGCGUCGCCUUGAUACCUCCAAUCUCAAGUUGUCAGAGUACCCAAAUGUUGAAGAGCUCAGGAAUUUGGAUUUAACGAAAAGAAAGAUGAUUCAUGAAGGGCCCUUGGUUUGGAAGGUGAAUAGAGAUAAAACUAUCGACCUAUAUACAUUGCUGCUGGAAGACAUCCUUGUAUUGCUACAGAAGCAGGAUGAUAGACUGGUGCUGAGGUGUCACAGCAAGAUUCUGGCAUCCACAGCUGACAGUAAACACACUUUCAGUCCUGUCAUCAAGCUGAACACAGUGUUAGUUCGACAAGUGGCAACAGAUAACAAAGCCUUAUUCGUCAUCUCCAUGUCAGACAAUGGAGCUCAAAUUUAUGAAUUGGUGGCACAGACAGUUUCUGAAAAGACUGUCUGGCAGGACCUUAUCUGCCGAAUGGCUGCGUCAGUGAAGGAGCAGUCUACGAAGCCGAUCCCCCUCCCGGAGUCACACCCGUGCGAAGGAGACAAUGAUGAGGAAGAACCACCCAGAUUAGAAGUGGAGCGCCGCGACAUCUCAGCCCCUGGCCAGCAGAGCCCAGAUAGAGAUUUGGGUCUAGAACCUCCCUUAAUCUCAUCAAAACCUCAGUGUCAUUCACUGAGUCCUGGUGAGAAGUCGGAGGCAGAUGAAGUGUUUGUGACUGCAGCACAGCUGGCAAAGGAGCAGUGUGCAGAGGCCCUGAAGGAAAGUGGAGGGAGCCAGGAGCUCACGCACGCAGAUCCACACCUGCUGGUCUCAAAUGAGCGGUGGGCUCUGGAUGCACUCAGGAAUUUGGGUUUGUUGAAGCAAUUGCUGGUACAACAGUUUGUCUUGACCGAGAAGAGCCUUCAGGAGGCCUGGCAGCACUUCCCAAGCCACAAGCCAGCGUCUCAGGGGGUGCAGGCAGAUGGUGGAGUCCAGAACUCAGAACACAUCAAGGCCUAUCAUCCUGGUGAUGGACAGGUGUCCUUUACAACUGGAACUGGUGACUUUGCCACUUGUCACAGUCCACGGACUUCAACUGAAUCUUCUGCUCCCCCAGAUUCAGUAGUGUUGGCAUCCCAAGAGAGCCAGGCAAGUAACAUUUUAGUAAUGGACCACAUGAUUCUGACCCCAGCAGCACCGGCCACGGAGUCGGAAGGGGGUCCUGAUGAGAGUGGAGAGCACUUUUUUGAUGCCCGUGAAGCCCAUGGUGAGGAUAACCUACCAGAAGGCGAUGGAGCGGAGACAAAGGAGGAGAAGGAUGUUACCUUACGCAUCUCAGGAAACUGUUUAAUCCUCGAUGGCUAUGAAGCGGUGCAGGAGAGCUCCACAGAUGAGGAGGUCAUGUCAUCCUUCGCCCUGCAGCCCGGGCUGGGCCUGCCCUCUGCGGACUCCCCCCACUUGCAGCGCCCCUCUCCCCAGAGCGCUCAUUCUGAUGGGGCAGCUUCACCAUUCACCCCGGAAUUCCUGGGCCGUCGGCGCUGGGGGACUUUGGAGGGCUCCUGUUUUGAGAUCCAGAGUCCCUGUUGUACAGAUUCACAGAGUCAGAUCCUGGAAUAUAUUCAUAAGAUAGAGGCUGACCUUGAACACCUAAAGAAGGUGGAGGAAAGCUACUGCAUUCUUUGCCAAAGGCUGGCUGGCUCAGCCCUCACAGAAAAGCACUCAGAUCAAAGUUAAGAGUGCGCUGGAGGUGACUGCAGGUUGUUGGAUUCCGAGCAUCGGCCUUGUAUGAACCAUGUCCCGGCUCCAGUGUGAAUGCAGAGUGGGACAGGAUCUGCCGUGCAGCACUGGGCCCGAAAGCAGCAGUGCCCACCAGGGGCGUGUCCUCAGCCUGGAAGCCGCACUGGUCUGUCAGUGAGGGAACGCCCAUUCCCUCAUGUUCCUCUCCUCACCACUGCAAAUCCAUUCGAUUCAGAACAGAAACCAAAUGUACAGAGCUUUGGGUGUAGGAUAUGAAAUUGUACUUAGGCGUAAGAAAAAGAGAAAAUCAGAUGUAUUUAUUUGACUUCAUUCCGUAUUUGAAAGCACAUUUUAAUUUUGACUUUGCCUUGUUUUGUUUUAAUUGAAUAGUGAGUUUUAGACAUUGUACUUAAUACACCCAAGAACCCAUUGUUCCUGAAGUGAAGAGGUCAGGACGGGGUGGGGCAGGGGUGAGAGCGGGGUGGAGAGGCAACAGCAGGAGUGAGGAGGGUGGGCGGAAGGAGGCCUGGCCUUUGCUGGGUGGCAGGCUGCCCCUGUGAGGUCACCCGGCACGGUGAGGCUCAGGGCUCCGUGUGCAGAGGACGCACGCUGUGUGCGGCCCAUCUGAGGUAAGCUCCCCUGAUUAACGGGAAUCCUCCACAUACUAAAUGGCAGGCACUUGAAAAUGGGUGUGUUUUCUUCUGUCAUUGUCUUUUCUAUUGAGGGUUGGGAUUUGGGGGGGGGGAGAAGAAAGCAAAUUUUUAUUUUCUUUACUAUAAAUUUGUUAUUCUUGGUAUUGUUUCAUUUUUAUGGUUACACGUUAGACUGGCACUUGUGUAAAAUCACCCUGCAGAUUGAGCAGGAAGUCAGAAGGAACGGGUGGCAGUGCUUCCAGGUGGUGGGUUGCUGAAGGGGCGGGGUGGGGCUUGUCCAAAUGGAAUCACUGCUGAGUUGAACCAGGGCUGUCAUUGGACACGGGUACUGCUGAUCAUAGGCCAGUACAUAUCAGUACCUGGAGGUUUGACUGUAAUUGUUUGCACUGAUGGUGCCAAAGGGCUCUUGGAGUCACAAGGAGAGCUGAGGGCAUUAGAGGAGGUGGUGGAGAAGGGGGAGAGCUGCUCCCUUUCACUGCUGGGGUGCAGCCCCAGAGUGGAGCCACAGCCUGGCCGGCAGCCAGGGGUCAUGGCUGCUGCUGGAGGAUGCAGAGUCACCCUCAGCCCCUUGCGAGUGGGCGCCAGCACGGUGCGCUGAGAGCUCCCGCAGCCCUGUCGGCUUGCUGUGGUUUUCUUUGUGCAUUGGGUAACUAUAUUUGGGGAGUAUUUUGCCAACUAAAACAAAACCAUGUAUUAAAUAUCUAAGUUCUGUUAAUGCGCAGAAAGUUCACGCAUUGGCCAUCCUUAGUAGUGUCCUUUGACCUCGGGAGCAAGAGUCAGGAUGUCACUUUCUUCUUCCCUGCACCCUGCCUCCUCAGGAAGCUUUUGCUCACCGCCCACGGUCGGGGCUGCCGGCUGCUUUUCUAGACGCCCCCAGGACGUGAGUGCGUCCACCUGUCCAGACUCCUGCCUCUGCCCUCUUGGAGCCCACCUAGGGUUCGCUGGGAUCUGUGUACCUCAUCUAGAAAAUGGAGCUACAUUUUGAGUCACAGGCCAAGUAUAAUUGAACUCAAAAUGAAGAUUUAAAAUUUUAGAAGCACAAGCUAAUAUAUAAAUGAAGCUUGGGAUGUGGAACUUUCUGUAUCUCUUAGGAGAAGCAAGUAGAAACCAAAUGGUUGCAAAGCUGCUGGAAAUAACUGUCACUCCCACUACAAUAAGCAUUAUACCUGUAGCCACUUCACAGUAAACAGCAGGGCGGGCAUUCAUCAGACAGCAAGUGUGGGGCACACGCAUCUCAGCGUUAGACACCACGCUCACCCAGCAUCCCCAGAGUGCGGGCUGGCCAGGCCUGGGCUUCUUCCCUCCCAUGCAGCACUGCCUUGUCCCUUGUGACGAUUCGCCUUUGUCCUCUACAUUUUCACCCUCUUUAGAACUAUAUAAUAGUGCUAACUGGAAGCAUACCUGCAACCAUAGUUCUAGCAAAUAAAUUAAUAUCUAGAUUUUUCAAACAAAGCUAAAGUGAAUUCUGGAACAGUCCCUCUGUACCUUCCAUCUUCUUGUCCCUCCUAUCCAGCUACUCCUCCCCGCCCAGCCUCCCUCCUCUCAACGCCCUCCAUUUCAUUGCAGCCUUCAUAAUCAUAGGCGAUUGACUUUUAUGUUCUAUCUUCCUGGCAGGAUGAUAGACGAGGCAUUCAUUCCUCUUGCCUUUGAGCAGGGCUGGUUAGCUUGAGAGUGGUGUUCUCCUUGCUCCGUGGCUAGGGUUCUGUAUGAGCGUACCAGAGAAGCCCAAUGCGGCCUGCCCAGAGCCGCAGAGCUGCUUGUUCACGGCCGCCCUGCCCCCCUGCCCUUCCCUGCCCCCCUGCCCUUCCCUGCCCCCCUGCCCUUCCCUGCCCCCCUGCCCUUCCCUGCCUCCCUGCCCUCGCUAUGGGUCAGUGUUUUUUUUUUUUUUUUUUUGCUUUUAGUGGCAGAUUACAGUUGGAUGUCUCCUUCCUUCUCAGAGGACAGAGUUAACCAACCAGCACGCCCUCAAAGCGCUGUAAUUCAAAGUCAUGAUGAUCGCCCUAUCCAUGUAUUUUGUAUACUUUAAAUCAGCUGAUGCAGACUACUGGGGUUUCAUUGGCUCUUACCACCUGAAUUGUAAUUAUUUAUUGUAUUGCAUGGGAGGUUUGUUUCAUGAGCUUUAUUCUUUCUUGGCUUUAUUCUCCCCAAAAGAAGUUGUAACAACUGCUAGAAAGGAUGAGUUUCCUUUUUAAAAGAUUUUUGGUUGUUGUUGUUUAUUUGCUAUUUGGGGAGGAAAAAGGAAAGAGUUACUGGGAUAGUAGAGAAAAGCCCUUUUUGUUUGAUUUUUAGAAGUUGAAGGAAAGAGUGUCCCCUCCUCACUUCCCGCGAGCUCCCCGCAUGUCUCCUCACUUCCCGCGAGCUCCCCGCAUGUCUCCUCACUUCCCGUGAGCUCCCCAUGUGUCCCCUCCUCACUUCCCGCGAGCUCCCUGCAUGUGUCCUCACUUCCCAUGAGCUCACCGCGUAUCUCCUCGCUUCCUGUGAGCUCCCCAUGUGUCCCCUCCUCACUUCCCAUGAGCUCCCUGCGUGUCUCCUCACUUCCCGUGAGUUCCCCGAAUAUCUCUUCACUUCCUGUGAGUUCCCUUCGUGUCUUCUCACUUCCCGUGAGCUCCCCGCAUGUCUCCUCACUUCCUCUGAGUUUCCCGCAUGUCUCCUCACGUCCUCUGAGUUUCCCGUGUGUCUCCUCACUUCCUCUGAGUUUUCUGCGUGUCUCCUCACGUCCUCUGAGUUCCUCGUGUGUCUCUCCCCUUUGAAGAGGCUGCUGCGGUGCGGUACCUGGCUUGGUGCACCCUGCUCGGAAGGGCAGCCUCUUCCACUCACGAGUCAGAGCCAGGUAGCUGCUUCCUUCCCCAUCAUGGCGGGUGACCCUGUGGCCUGAGGCCUUCCAGUACCAAUAUCAAGUUAGCAGGAACUCACACGGCUUCCUGUGGGCUGCCCCCCCCCCCCCACGGUUUUGCUUUGUCAGUUGUGUUCUUUUCCUGACACUUCCAUCCCUUCUCAGAGUGCUCUGCAAAACUGUUCUGUACGAGAGUUUGUUUUGUCUUGUUCCUUAUACCUUCCUCAUUUGAACUGAGGGUCUUGAUAAUAAAUGGGUAAGGAAAUAAAAAACAAAAUACCUCCUAGAAACUCUCCCCUCCAUUUCCAACUGCUAAGCAGACGAGCUACAGAAAUGGGCAGUGUACACGGCUGGCUGUGUUUAACAAACCUCUUCCUUCCAGAACAUUCUGUUUUCCUUAUUCACCAUGCAAUCAUGUACUCUUUAACAGAAAUUGCUUUUAAAGAAAUCUGGAACUAUCUUUUAAAAAAAACUUUAUUAAUAUCAUGUAUUUUUACUGAUCACAUUUUGAAAUGCCUAAAAGACUUUAUUGUUCUAAUUAUCCAGAUGUACCUUUGUAAAAUAGCUCUUUUAUGAAUUUAGCUGAUAAGGCUGUAUGUUUCUGGAACAAAAUAUUGGUCAUCUAAAAACUUUCUGUUUUCUGGGGUCUGGGAAAAUAGAAAAUAAGAGUUCAAAUAUUAAAUAAGCUUAAAAGAA